AUGUCCGACCCCAAAUCUACUGGCGGCAGUGGAUCAAAAUCGCGAAUGGGAUGCUCAGAGUGCAAACGGAAACGCGUGAAAUGCGACGAGGGCAAGCCUAGUUGUGGAAGAUGCAAGAGAUAUCCCGAGCGAUGCUCCUAUGAGUUGAAGUUGUCUUGGACGCAGGGACGACCUUUCAAGAAGCCGAGAACGAAAGAGCCUUGGGUUACGAAUCUGGGUGCUAGUGUUGCGACUCCUAGUUCUAGUGCGGCACAGUCGGCUCCUGCCCAGGUCCAAGAGGAAACUGAUAGAGAAUCUUCGACCACUGAGUCGUCACUGUCGCUGCUUCCCGAUGUUUCGCCAAAUUCCGAGAAUGCAGUUUCGAGUGCCUUGAGUGACUCGACCGGCUUCAAUGACUAUCAAGACUCCUUACUCAUCUCUGAGGAUGAUUUGUUGACAGGCACGGAUUUACUUGACAUUCCAUCUGACCUCGAUUAUGAGCCAGCAGACGAAACCAUCGAGCGCGAUUUCUCGCUUGUGCCAUAUCAGCACUAUUCUCCACCAAAGAAACCCGAUGCAUACUUCUUCCUACACCAUUAUAUCACACACACGUCUCUUACUCUGUUCCCGCUCAUGGCGCCCUCGAUACAUCAAGAGGUCUUGACAGUCGCAGCUCAGACACCACAUCUGCUUUCGGCAGCUCUAGCACUGUCUUGUGACCAAGUACGACGACUCCGAGGAAAUCGUUCGAUCGAGCUGCAGAAUCGAGCAUCGUUCUUCUUACGCAAGGCGAUCACAGGUUUGCGAAAGGCCAUGAAUGAUCCAACAGAGGCCUCCAACUUCUCGACAAUUUGCACUGUACUUUUUCUCUGCACAAAUGAGGUCAUGGCUGGAAACACAAUGGCUAUGCGUACGCAUCUACACGGUGCAGAAAACUUACUGUCUAUUGCGCUUGGGAAGAACAGACACGAAGCAGUCACAGAUUUAGACGACAAGAAGCUGUUUCUUGUUCGCUGGUUUGCCGUUGUGGACAUUUUCGCCAGCAUCAUGAGUCUUGACAAAACUACCUCAUCGGACGGCCAUUUCUGGAAUAUCGGAGCUCCGAGUGGCACUUCCUCGCCACAGCACAUUGACGAGUUUGUCGGUUUCUCGUUGGAGCUGAUGCCAGUUCUCGCCCGCAUAGGCCGUAUGGCACGUCUGCAACGCCGACGUAAGGUCUUGGGAUCUUCGUUGGGCUCCGGCUAUGCGGAGAUGGCAGACGAUCUGGACAUGCUUUUGGCAGAUAAUAUCUUGCUUACCGAGCAACAGCUUUCUCUGUUGUUCACUCGCGCAUCAUCGCCUUCACUGUUGCACACUCAAGAUCCUGUGCUAGUAGAUGAGGCGGUGUACGUACAUCAGAUGUUCGUUCACGCCGCUCUUCUGCAUCUAUACCGUCGUGUACAAGAACUGCCGGAGCUUGACCCCAAACCAGCAAUAGCGUUAGCUUCUAUGCUAGACCUGCUAGGAAAGCUAAGGCCAGAGUCACCUGCCAACGUUCUAAUUCUUUGGCCAUUAUUCACAGCAGGAUGUGAAGCUGAAGAUCCCGAGCUGAGAAACUACAUCGAAGCUUGCAUGGGCCGCAUCCGAAACUAUGGAUGGGGUAACGCGGAUGCCGCGUCAGCAGCUCUGCGAGCCUAUUGGGAUGAAAGUAAUGGCGAGCGCUGGGACGUUUUUCUCGAGCGCAGAGGUUUCGAUGUCGUACUCUUCUGA